AUGGAUGGAUCCAAUGAACGCUAUGGCGCUGGUCAAGCCAGCUCCGGUAUUGCUAGAGACAUCCAGAAUCCGCCAGACCAACUUGACUCGGCAUUAACGGAUAGCCUCAAUGUGCACACAAAGACAGAAACCACACAGCAGUACAGAGAUGAAGAAUCUAGUGCCACAAAAGUUCACGUAGAAGACAAAAGUCGAGUCCUCAAGAAAACGGAGAUGAAGAAGACACCUACUACUACUUCUACCACUACUCGUACUAGUAGAAGCAAAAAAGAAGCCAAGUCAGAGGAAGAUGAAGCAACAACAAAAAUCAUGGAGAUUGGGUCGGAAAAAGCUGGUCUGGAAAUUCUGCCGCCAACAGAGGAAGAAUGUAUUGCUGGAGCUGUACAGGUGGCUGGUUGUGCCAAAACUCCACCUGUUGCAACUUUGGGUGAAGAAAUUGCUGCUAAAGAAGCUGCCAGACGCAGCAUGGACAGUACUUCUGGAGCUGGUAGAGCUCAAGUCACGGAUUGCUCCAAGGUAGAAAAUGACAUUGAUGCAACAAAUUAUGCCAACCCGCAACACAUUCAAACACCCAGGUAUUGCACUGCCCAAUCAGCCCCCAGAGCAUCAGGUACCCCAGACUUUUACAUGGAGCAAGGAAAAUGUGCAGCAGAGCCACUACCUGUUGCACCGUCUGCAACAUGUGAGCAGCAAGCAGCACAGAGUCCCCACACAAUUAGCCCUCUGGCAAUGGUGCCCAACCAACCAGGAUAUGCACCUACCAAUCAUCAAGAUUUAAUGGAUGAUUUAUUGGAAGGACUUGCACCGAUCCCAGUGGCGCCCUCAACAUUGCGUCGAGACAGGCAACAAGCCCGUCCUGGAGCCUACAGAGGCGAAAACUUGCAGCGUGUGCAAAGUCUUGAUUUUGAGCUUCAAACACCAAUACUGUCCCACAUUCUCCUGUAA